UCAUUAUCGCUAUUGUUAUCGUUAUUGUUAUCGUUAUCGCUAUAGUUAUCGUUCGUGGUGUGAACAGCCCUUGAGUCCCCAGUCACACUCACCAGACUGUUGUCCAGGCUGACCAGUACCUGUUCACAGGCCCGACUGUGUGUCCUGAGAUUAUUGUUAAGCUGUCAUGGAGAGAGAGCGUUCAAUUGCCUCUAGGAAAUGCACCGCAUGUCUACAUGAGGCUGUGAUUCUAAAAGGUGGGGAUAUGCCAGUGAGCAAUUUCUCCCAGCAGGCUGUGCGCUUUGGGAUGGUCAUCGACGGGCAGGAAUCACAGUGCUGCUCUCAGACAGUUGGCCUCUGGGGAUUGUACUUCAUUAUGAGCGUGGCCAAGACAGAAUCAAAUACACACAUCUUCAGUAUGCAGAGGCUGAAACCGUGGGACUCAGAGCUUCCAUCUUGUGCCUGGCAGCGGCACCCUGUUAGCAUGAUGGCAGAGCGACUGGUGCGCUACCAGGUCCUUGUUCAGAGCCAAAAUGGCGACCAGUGGAAGGACUUCUGCUCUGGCCCCAUCCACCAUGAGUUCGGCCUAAAUAAGCCCUCUUGCCACAGUGAGGUCUUCAAGCUCUCAGGCCUGACCCUGCCUAUUCUCGUGACCUUUGCCCUCGCCUUACCGCCCUUGUGACCUCACGUUGCCAGGCCGACACAACUCACCUCUAGCUGUCAGCGUUGCAAUAAAUCUGCUCCCAAAGCCUCCUGUGCUGUUAUC